GUAGACGCUUCUUGGAGAUGCAGAUGGAGCAGGAUGAAGGAGCCCGUUGGACUUACGGCGAGCAGCGGGUAGCGGACGACCAGGUCCAGGCGUAUAAAGAUGAUACUAUCUUCGACUACAAGAGCAAUAAAAUUAUGUUGAACAACCACGAGUCUUUGGACUUCGACUUCGUUGCUCAGGUGGACCGGAGUAUCGAAACCAGCCUCCUGGCACCUGAUCCCGUGGCCACGCCGAUGAUGCUGAAUAUGAUGGCAAAGUCGUUGUCCAAGGAGCAAAUCGGAGGAGGUCCGCCAGCUCCUUCGGGCGCACAGCAGCUGCAACAGCUGUCCGCCCUCAGGAUGGGAUUCGAGGCGAAGAUUAAGGAAGUUGAGUUUCUGGAGGAGCAACUGGAGUUGUCAAAGGACCGCGAGG